GAGCCUCAGUCCGUUUAACACACCUGUGUUAUUGCAGCACAGAUGCCAGUUUUCACAGUUCACCCCCCAAAACAACCUCUGCCAUUGCGUUGAUUAGGAAAACCACCAUUUUUUAAUUGCUAAAAGGUGGCUUUCAAAGUAGCAAAGUUGCCCCGCGAUGGACUCAAAGCGGGAUAAAGAGCAAGAUGCAGACUGUGAGAAGAUAACUGCUGUGCUGCUCAAGUCACGUACGGGAGAAUUUGAUUUGGAGUCAAUACUGUUCCUCAAAUUGAGAGGUCUUGGAAUACAUGAUCUUGGAUGCAUUGGGGAGUGUGUGAAUUUAGAGAAACUGGACCUCUCUGGAAAUAACAUCACAAAUUUGGCUCCUCUAGCAUCUCUUCGGCUUCUUUCUGUACUCGGUUUGUCUGCCAACAGGAUUUCCAAUUUAGAGCCCCUGCGCAGUUGUGAGAGUUUACAGCACUUAAACUUGGCUGGUAAUAUCAUAUCAAGCAUUGAGAGCCUACACAGCCUUCAACCUUUGAGAAAGCUAGAAAAUAUACGUCUUAAAGACAACACUUACAAUUAUACUAAUCCAGUGUGCAGGAACUCAUCAUACAGAAACAUAGUUCUUGAGAUGUUCCCCAACAUCAAGGUGCUGGAUGGCGAAAGAGUGGUCGGACGUGGGAGUGAAUUGUACCAGUUAUGCAAAGAUAUUGAUGAGACCAUCAAAGCCGGUUUAUACAAGAACGGACAGCUUGUUGAACAUCCAGAUUGCAAACCAUGGGUGGAGGAUAAUUACUGGGAGAUAAAAAGAUCAAAUAAUGCCAUUAUUGAAGAGGCCUACAAACAGUUUAAUGAUGUUCUUCAUGAAUGCAGACUCCUCAACAACAGAGCUACUCAUGUAAUUUCUCAAACUGAAAGAUCUAUGAGCCUGAAGAAGCAGCCAAAGCAGUAUGCUAUCUGAGUUGGGCUAUUUUAGACACAUUCGUGUUCUUGUUGUAUGAUAUACCAUGGCUAAUGUACUGUAGGUUUUACAAAUUACUAAACUUUAUCCAAAUGCUUGAUAAGUAUCAUUGCCAGACACGUGCUUUGUGUUGCAGUGUGAGGCAUUUGUUGAAAUUCUAUCUCAUCCUAUGCAUUAUGUAUCGAAGGAUACAUGUAAGUGGUUUGAAAACCUUUAUCCAUACUGAAACCCUUCAGUUUGGUUCAGAGAUGUAUUUACUUGCACAGUGUGCAUUUUGUACCAUGUUGUAGCCUGCAUUUAUGCUGAGAGAUAUGCUGCUAAGAAUUUCUAUACGUAGAAAUCGAGCUUUUUUUCCAUUUCGCAUUGCUGGAUAAUUUUUGGAGUAAAUGUCUCCCAUGCUGUAUGCUUUCUUUGUAAGGUGAACUUUUGCAAAAAAAGUGAUUGAAUGAUUGUUUCAGCUGUUUCUACAUGUUUUAUAUCAUAAAGUGUAUGAUGUGUGGAACCACCUUGUGGAAAAUACAAUGCUUAUAAAGUUGUGCUUC